CCCGUUGUCUCGCCGAAAGCGAUCGAAAACCAAAAACUCGAAAUGCCCGAGCUAAAUUUGGAGCUUAAGAAACUCAGGGAACUGGAAUCCAAGACGAAAGGUCUUGCCGCCAGAAUACAAACUGCCAAAAAUGGGGAGCAACUGGACGUUGAUCUGGUUCAGCUGCAGAUUGAGAACAAGAAGCUGAAGAACCGCCUGUUUAUCCUGAAGAAGUCCAUUGCUGAGGAAUCCAGUGCCGGCGGCAUGAAGCCGAAAGACUCCUCCUCGAUCACCGAGCAGCUGGAGAGUCUCUUUGGCCAGGCGAUUGCAUCAGCCUUCCCGGAAUUCAGCGACACGCCUGUCAUAAUAGCGCCCGUUAAUAGCUCCUCGGCGAAAUUCGGCGACUACCAGUGCAACAAUGCCAUGGGUCUGUCCAAGAAGCUGAAGGAAAGGGGCGUCAGCAAGGCGCCACGUGAUAUUGCGGCCGAGCUGAAAGGCCACUGCCCACCGUCGCCGCUCAUCGAGAAGCUCGAGAUCGCCGGCGCGGGUUUCGUGAACGUCUUCCUCAGCAAGGACUUUGCCGCCUCCGCUUUGAGCAAUCUACUCCGCAACGGCGUUCAGCCGCCAGAAGUGCCCAAGAAGCGCGUCCUGGUCGACUUCUCAUCGCCCAACAUUGCCAAGCAGAUGCAUGUGGGUCACCUGCGAUCCACGAUCAUUGGCGAAUCGGUGUGCCGCCUGCUGGAGUUCCUGCAGCACGAUGUGCUGCGCAUCAACCAUCUGGGCGACUGGGGCACGCAGUUCGGCAUGCUGAUUGCCCACCUGGAGGACCGUUUCCCCAAUUACCUCAACGAAAGUCCACCCAUCAGCGAUCUGCAGCAGUUCUACAAGGAGUCCAAGAAGCGCUUCGAUGAGGACGAGGAGUUCAAGAAGCGCGCCUACAGCCGAGUGGUUUCGCUGCAGAAGGGUGUGCCGAACUCCAUAAAGGCAUGGGAACUCAUUUGCAAUGUGUCGCGCAAGGAGUUCCAAACGAUCUACGAACGACUGGAUAUUAGCAUCAAGGAGCGCGGUGAAUCCUUCUACCAAUCGCGAAUGCUGUCCGUGGUGGAGUUUCUGCGUGGCAAGGGCCUGCUGGAGCAGGACGAGGGCCGCGAGAUCAUGUGGCCGGAUGAUACGAAGACCGGCAUUCCCUUAACGAUCGUAAAAUCCGAUGGAGGCUUCACCUACGACACCUCCGACAUGGCGGCGAUACGCCACCGCGUGCAGGAGGAGCUGUGCGACUGGAUGAUCUAUGUGGUUGACUCGGGACAAAGCACGCACUUCAACACCAUCUUCAGGGCUGCCGAACGCAGUGAGAUACUGAAGCCGAGCAGCCAUCGCGUGGACCAUGUUCAGUUCGGCGUUGUGCUGGGCGAGGAUGGAAAGAAAUUCAAGACUCGAUCGGGUGAUACGGUUAAGCUGGCCGAUUUGCUGGACGAGGGAAUGAAGCGUUCGCUGCAGCAGCUGCAGAGUCGCGGCCGCGAUCAGGACCUCACUCCGCAGGAGCUGAAGGACGCCCAGGAGUCGCUGGCCUACGGCUGCAUAAAGUAUUCCGAUCUGUGUCAUAACCGCAUCAGCGACUAUAUAUUCUCCUUUGACAAGAUGCUCGAGGACCGCGGCAAUACUGCCGUUUACCUACUCUACACAUAUACUCGCAUUUGCUCAAUUGCCCGGAACUCCGGCGAGGACUUCUCUAAUCUGCCCGAAAUACUGAAGAAGGUCAAGAUCGAGUUGGCCCACGAAAAGGAGUGGAAGCUGGCCAAAACCCUGCUGAAACUGCACGACAUUCUGAUCAAGUGCUCGAAGGAACUCUUCCUGCAUUUCUUGUGUGAAUUCUGCUACGAGGUGUGCACAGUUUUCACCGAAUUCUACGACUCUUGUUAUUGUAUUGAGAAGAACAAACUUGGCGAAAUUAUCGAAGUCAACCACAGCCGAAUUCUCCUGUGCGAGGCAACUGCAGCUGUGCUGCGCCAAUGCUUCUAUAUACUCGGCCUGAAACCAGUUUCGAAAAUGUAAAAAUUCGACGUCUUACAUUAAAUGUACGCGAAUAAAAGUUGAAAAUUUUGAUACA